AUGGACGAAGACACUCCCGGUGUGAGCACGCAGCCCCGGCAGCCCGUCCCGCCCACUACGCCCAGCGCGAAGGAUCCAACGACCGCUUCGAACACGUCUGCUGCACCUGCUGCAGCGUCCUCUGCGUCUUCGGCAUCCGUUCCGCCCGUUGUCCCGUCCAAGAGAAGGAGAGGCUAUGGAGUGUGUGACGGCCAGAAACCGUGCGGCCGAUGCAAACAGCACCACGCGACGUGUAUCUACGAGGUGCCUGUUCGACAGUCGAAAGACACCCUCCGCAGCGAGAUCGAACAACUCCGACGUCAGCAGAGCAAACACACGAAGGUGCUUGAUGCCCUUGUCCGUUCUCCUGCCUGGGAAGAGGUUCUCACGCGCCUGCGCAAGGGCGAGAGUAUCGACUCCAUUUGCGAAUGGCUUGAGGGGACGCUUCCCUCAGGAGGAGGGGCAAUGCCUCCGCCUGGCCGGCUGGGUAGUGGCUCAGUAGAAGUUGUUUCUGUCCCCGGCUUCGCGGGAUACGGUUCUGUGCCCGGGCAGGUGUCGCAUGCUGCUCCGCACGAUGCAGACUUGCAAAGCUCCAGGGGUCGCCAGUUUUCUUUCCAAAGCAUGGAGAGUGGCUCCCAUCCGUCCUCGGUGAGUUGGCAUGUCGAAGGGGUAGGGGGUCAAGAGUCGCGUGUUGAUUUGUGGGUUGAGAGCCAGGGCAGGUACUCUGUCGGUCCGGAGCCUCAUCCUGCAGAAGAUAUACUGUUCGGUGAGAUUGGCGAGAUGCAAGUUCCUCCAGGAGCGUGGACAAACAUCACCAAUGACUCAGGACUUAUUCGGCAUUUACUGGCUCUGUACUUUUGCUGGGAAUAUCCGACCUUCGCUUCGCUGAGCAAGGAGCAUUUUGUUAAGGACUUUCUAGAGGGUCGCCAUCGCUUCUGCUCGCCUAUGCUCGUCAACGCGCUUCUGGCAUUAGGCUGUCGAUUCUCAACAAAGCCAAACACCCGCGCAAACCCUAACGACCCACGAACCUCAGGAGACCACUUCUUCCAAGAAUGUGUACGGCUGUACGAUGCCGAAGACAACCAUCACAAACUCACCACUAUCCAAGCCCUGGGCAUCAUGUCUAUCAGGGAGGCGAGCUGUGGCAGGGAUUCAGAAAGUUGGUAUUAUGCUGGUCAGAGCAUCCGGAUCGCCAUGGAAAUGGGACUGCACCAUAUACCAGAGGGCGAUGAACAUGACGAUGAAGCCCAGGUUCAAGCCGCGACCUUCUGGGGUGCUUUUGCUCUGGACCACGCAUGGUCGCUUGCAACAGGGACUCUGCCUCAGUAUUCCCGCUUUGCUCAACUACCGCCGAAGCCUCCCAUAAUCAGUGACAUCGAAUCGUCCCUCUGGAUUCCAUAUACGGAUGACGAUGACAUCCCAGUUCAGUCCUGCAAGCAACCGUCGAAUGUUCGGUCUGUGUACAAAUGUUUCUGCGAGCUCAGCGAGCUUGUGCACCAGUCUCUCUACGUUAUGCAUUCUCCGGAUCGGCCCCUGACCAGCAGGGCGCUGUUACACACGUACACCCAGUACCUGAACUGGUAUGACAAAAUUCCGGAGGUUCUCCGGUUGGGUCACAAUUUUACCCCGGCCGUGCUGUUUGCCCAAUGCAGCAUGUAUUACCACUUCGCAAUACUCCUUAUGUUCCGACCGCUCAUCAAGCUGCGUAUCAUCGGCUCAAGUAUCGUCCCUCGUGAUGUCUGCUUGCAAGCAGCCGAUGCCAUAUCGGGCUUGCUACGUUCCUAUUCACGGCUUUAUACGCUUCGCCGCACACCAUCCUUUGUUCCUUAUUUUGUCCUUACGUCCUCUAUCAUGCAUCUUGCCAUUGCAGCAACCACCCCUGACUCUAGCACCGAUACACACACCUCAAGGCAUUGCGGACACUCUAGCUCUGACCCACACCAUCCGGAUCAGAAACCGUUACGUGAACGGAUUAUGGAGUAUCUGGCUCGUGGCAUCGCAGAUCUCACCGAGAUGAUCCCUUGUCAUAACUUCGCCGAGCAGGCCCUCAACAUUCUGCGGUACCUGGCGAAAAGAUGGAACAUCAACGUUUCUGUCAUUCUCCCCAAGCAAGAACCGGGAUAUCAACAGCUCGGCUUUACCAGGCCGGUGACAACGAGCCUGAACUUCUUCGCGACAGACUUUUCAGAGAGGGACUUCAACUGUGAAUGGGGUGCCGAGACUACCGUGACUGCUGCCGCUACUGCCGACGUAGAGAACCGGCAUCGUCAGGGCAGUGGCGACUUGAAAGACGAGAUUGAGAAGCAGGAAGAGAAGCUCAUCGCCGCUGUGGCUGAUGCGGUGGCGGCGGAAAACCCACUGUUUUGGCCAUUCCCAAUGCAAGGACGCCCGAUAUUGCCGUCCGGACGUGAGUUGGAGGAGGCCGGAUUUGCCUUGCUCUGA